AUAAAAAGUAAUGAAAACAUCAAUUGAACUUACAAUGACAGCGGUAUAAUUUGUUUUCAAUCUUUCAACUUUGAACUGGAAUUUAUCUAGUCUUUCUUUCCUGCAUAGUAAUUUUCUCCAGCUUUGAGAUACAUACGAUAUAUUCCGCCAUCCGUUUGCGCCCCCCCCAUAAAUCUCGAUGCGCCGUUGACAAUCUCGCGUCGUUAUUAAAAGAAAUCGACAAAAGAUAUUGGACAUAUACGAAUUCACAUCUGAGUUCUUUCGAAUGAGCUGAGUCGCAGAUUUUAAACGGCCAAUAGAUUGAGAUUGCGCCUCAUCAACAUCUUGGAGCUAUCUACAUUGCAUCAACUCCAUACACGCCAAUUUGGAUCUACCUAAUACCUCGGACCUCAAGAUCUCGAAUCGAAGAAAUUAAAUGGCAAAGAUGAGUGAUUUGGAUAGGUACAGCUUCUGCGACUUCUAUGAGAAGGUUCCAAUCUGACUUGACUCAGAGCCAUAUCGCAAUUGCGAGCUUGUCGACCAAUCCCAGAAGCAGAGGUUCGAGAAUUAUGUCAUAAAGCGAGGGAAUUGUUGAUAGAGGAAGGGAAUGUGGUCACAGUAACAGCGCCAGUUACGGUACGGUGUCAUGAAUUUGCGCAAUGAUGGAUCGAUGUUGACGGAUUUGCAGAUAUGUGGUGAUAUUCAUGGUCAAUUUCAUGAUCUUAUGGAACUAUUCAGAGUAGGUGGUGAUGUACCUGAUACGAAUUAUUUAUUUAUGGGUAAGGUUUCAAGGCAGUGUCAAUGGCAGAUGUAAUACUAACUUGCAUAGGCGAUUUUGUUGAUCGAGGUUUCUACUCAUUGGAAUCUUUCCUUCUCCUCUUAUGCCUCAAAGUACGAUACCCAGAUCGAAUGACCUUGAUUCGAGGUAAUCACGAAUCUAGACAAAUUACCACAGUUUACGGAUUUUAUGACGAAUGUUUACGAAAGUAUGGAAGCGCAAAUGUAUGGAGAUACUGUUGCGAAGUGUUUGAUUAUCUUGCUCUUGGUGCAAUUGUACUCGGGGCAUCAAGCAGUCUACAACCUACAUCUAUGCCAAACGGUGAACACAGCGCCAGUUCGACACAGGAAUUCAAUGAUGAGGAUGUUGAAAUUGAGAUUUUAAAUGUAGAUGGAAGUAUCAUGAACAAAUUUCUACGAAAUAGGGACAGGAUUGGCAAAAGAGAGCCAUCCUUAGAUUCAGAAAUGAGUUCAUCGGACAAAGGUUCCCCUAGUCCUCAAAGCAAAUUCCCGAGCAGCACGGGACCUCCUGGUUCUGGAGCUUCAGGUUACAGCGGAGGUAGUUCUGGUAAUCUCUCGGGCGCAGUAUUCUGUGUUCAUGGAGGUCUCUCCCCUCUAAUCCAAGCCGUUGAUAAAAUCCGCCUUCUCGACCGCAAACAAGAAGUCCCCCACGAAGGCGCCAUGUGUGAUCUCCUCUGGUCCGACCCAGACGAAAUAGACGGAUGGGGACUCUCACCUCGCGGCGCAGGCUUCCUCUUUGGAGCCGACAUAGUCAAAAUGUUCAACCACACAAACGACCUCUCGAUGAUCGCUCGCGCCCAUCAAUUAGUAAUGGAAGGCUUCAAAGAAACAUUCGACCACAGCAUCGUAACCGUCUGGUCCGCGCCAAACUACUGCUACAGAUGCGGAAACGUAGCAGCAAUCAUGGAAUUAGGAGAAGACGGCACGGGAACAGGAAUACUGGCAAGAAGUAAUGGAGAAGUAAGUAGAGGCAAUGGAGCCAACGCACCGCUACUAGAAGAUAAAAUCCCAUUGAGUGGUCCGGCGAGGAGAUAUCGGGUUUUCCACGCGGCGCCCCAGGAUUCACGGGGUAUGCCGGCGAAGAAACCAGUAGCGGAUUAUUUUUUGUGAUGAGAUUCUUUUGCGGCAUGUCGGUCUGUCGGUCUGUGUUGAAGUUGAAGAUUCCAUGAUAUAUAUCAUAAUAUCACGAUAUCAAUGAUUAUCAUGCAGGACUUCUCAUAUGAGGACCUCGGAGAUGGAUGGAUGUUAGUUAUAUUGUAGAAAGGGUUUCACACACUUACUUACCUUACCUGUUCAUCUUAUGGAUAUCGAGAUCUGUAUGUAUUUAUUUAUGUAUGUACCUAUCUAUGUAUGAAAGAAAGGAA